AUUCUCUCUCUUUCUCUCUCUUUCUCUCUCUUUCAUUUUUCAAGGACCAAAUAUCAAGUACCCACCAGAAGCCACAACCAAACAAUCUUGAAAACCUCACUCACCUCUUUUUUCUUGUUUGAUUGAAAUUUCUCUUUCCCUGUAUCCUCUCUCUUUCUCUGUGUAUGUAAGUUCUUUGUUUUUCUCAGACUCAGUUCAGAAAGUGUUGCGUCUCAGAUCCCAAUAUAGCAGCAGCAGCAGCAUCUUUUCUCUUUCUCUUCUCUUCUCUGCACCCUUAACGAGAUAUGAAACUGUCAAACACCAUAAUGACAUGAACAUCAAAACCUCACAAGCCUCUUUCAAUUUCUUUGUGGUCCUCCUCUCAAACCUACACAACCCCCCAAACCCCUCGAUUCUUCACUACCCUUUAUAAUUCUCCCCCUUCUCUUCCAAACCCAUUUCUCCAAAUCUCAAACUGAUCCAAACCCACCUCUCUUUUCCUCCAACAAAAAAAAAAAAAAAAAAAAUGCAAGACAGUGGCUUGGGAAUGAUGGGUUCUGGCGGAGGUGGAGGUCUGAGUGGCGGUGGCGGCGACCAUACUCACCAACUCAAGUCUGAGAUUGCCACACACCCUCUCUACGAACAACUCCUGUCGGCACACGUGUCGUGUCUCCGGGUCGCCACGCCGAUCGAUCAGUUGCCGUUGAUCGAUGCUCAGCUCUCACAGUCACACCAUCUCCUCCGCUCCUACGCCUCGCACCAUCAACAGCACGGCCAUUCUUUAUCGCCCCAUGAGCGCCAAGAGCUCGAUAACUUCUUGUCGCAGUAUUUGAUAAUGUUGUGCUCGUUCAAAGAACAACUGCAGCAACAUGUGAGAGUUCAUGCCGUCGAGGCGGUCAUGGCCUGCCGUGAGAUUGAAAGCACCUUGCAGGCUCUUACUGGAGUGAGUCUGGGUGAAGGAACAGGUGCAACAAUGUCAGAUGAUGAAGAUGACAUGCCAAUGGAUUUCUCUAUGGAUCAAGCUGGCUCUGAUGCCCACGACAUGAUGGGAUUUGGACUCCCUACUGAAUCUGAAAGAUCUCUCAUGGAAAGAGUUCGUCAGGAAUUGAAGAUUGAGCUUAAGCAGGGUUUUAAGUCGAGAAUUGAGGAUGUAAGGGAGGAAAUCUUAAGAAAAAGAAGGGCAGGGAAAUUACCUGGAGACACAACUACAGUGCUGAAGAAUUGGUGGCAGCAACACUCAAAGUGGCCAUAUCCAACUGAAGAUGACAAGGCAAAACUUGUGGAAGAGACAGGGUUGCAACUUAAGCAAAUAAACAAUUGGUUCAUCAAUCAAAGGAAGCGCAAUUGGCACAGCAACUCUCAGUCAGUGACUUCUUUGAAGUCGAAGCGCAAAAGAUGAGACAAUUGUUCAAUGGAAGAAGUAAAUGGUGACCUUACUUUUGUGUCUGAUAUAUAUUGCUAUUUUGUGACCUUGGGGGGGAGUAAAUAUAAUCUAGCCUAGCCAACACUUGUGAAAGCAUUGAAGAGAUUUAGAUGUUUGAUACAGAAGUAACAAAUGGGCAACGAAUAGCUUAAUUACAUGUGAGGUUGGUAAAUUCAUGUUUUAAAUGUAGUGGUACUCUAUCUCUGUUGUACUAUAUUCAUUUACUUAAUUUUGAGUUUGCUUC